GAGACCUCCACGCUGUCCCGUCCCCCCCGUGCUGGGGAAUGGACCCGCCCAGGUACACAGGGAGCGCACGGAGGGCCGGGCGCGGGUGAGCGGUGGGGAGGGGCUCCUGCGCCUCCCUCCCCGGAAGUGGGCUGACCCAGGUGCUCCUGGCUACCCGGGGCCGGAACCUAGUGACCAGCAGCCAGGAGGGCGCCGGCUGCCCCGGGAGCCUGUGGGGGCCCCUCCCGCCCCGGCCCAGCGGAGCCCAUUGUGACUCACGGCGGCGUGACUCCACCACGGCCUGAAGCCACCUGGUCUCAUUAUGUCACUUCAGAUUCUAUAGGUGGAUGGCCAGUGGUGUUGUGUCUGUCUGUCUGUCUGUCUGUCUGUCUUUUUAAUUCACUUGUUCUGACUUGGGUUUCCCACCCAGCUGCUGUGAGUUUCUCAUCCUCUGCCUCCCAGCCAACUGCUGUGUAAGGACAGGAGCUGAAUUGUCUUCCCCACUCCCCACCAGAAGUGCAGUGGGGCUUCCUGGCCCAGGGCUGACACCUGCGUUCUGUGGGUGACGUCACAAUGACUAGAGCAGCCCCCCAGCCUCCUGUCCUCACUAGAUAUGAUGCUGUUUGCCUUGUGGCUGCUGAGCCUCGGCCUCCCCACGCUGUGGACCCAGAUACUGAUCAGGUGCAGCUACAAGAGUCUCUGCCGACGGGCGCUGCUCUCGGACAAUGAUGUGGUCCUGCAGUGCGAACACCCUGAGGCACUCUGGUACUUCUCUUCCAUUCAGGAGGAAGAGGAGCCCCUGCUGGUCUCCUCACUGCCCAACAUCAGGAAGCUGCCGGGGGGCAGCCUGCAGCUGACCAGCCCCCAGCCCACCCAGUCCGGUGUCUACCACUGCCAGGACAGUGCCGGGGCCCUACUGGUGGAGUAUGAGAUUGACUUCCAGGAUGUGGGCGCCCUGCACAUCACACACCGGGGUCUGGGCCAGGUGCCCCUGCAGAACGAGACGGCACAGCUGGGCGGCAGAGUCCUGGUCUUCACCCACUGGGAGCCCUGGCAGGAGUGUAACCGCUGCGGGGAGCCGGGGGAGCGCAAACGGCUGGGGUACUGCUAUUUGGAGGAGGAGCCCCUCGAAAAGCCCAUGCCCUGUGGGCUCUACCUUCGGGGCAUCGUAGCCCACAAUGGCCGCCUGCGGCCCGAGCUGCAGGUGGAGGCCUGCCAUGUGCCCUGCAAGCACAGCAAGGAGACCAGCCAGCCCUACUUCAUCUUCGACAUCUACCAGCUGGGCACGCUGACCAGAGACACAUGGCUCACCUGCCCCUUGGCCUCCAUUUACAGGCCCAUCAUCUGGGAAGCAGAUGGUGUCCCGCUGACAUGGCAGGGCCAGCUGUCCGGCCAGGACCUCAGCACCAUGCUGGACCCUUCCAAUGGUGGGCGGCGGCUGCAGGUCUUCCAGCCAGCUAUCUACAAGUGCUUUGUUCAGCAGGAGCUUGUGGCCCGCUUCAACCCCAAGGCCGACAUGGAGAAGCUGGAGAGUCCGUGGAAGGUGGGGGCCCGUCCCCGGCUGCAGCCCCACAAGGGCAAGGCUGACUUGGUCCUCCAGGGGCUGAAGCUCAUGCUGCUGGUGGGCCUGGCCCUGGGCCUGCUCGGGGGCCUCUUCAAGUUCCUCUGUCCGGCCCGGGGCAAGUGGGGUGACCAGGUGCUGCUGGUGAAAUAAAGCCUAUGUGGCUCAGGA